UAUUGCCAAACAAAUUACUGAGAAGCAGAUUAGUUUAGAUUCAGAGUUUGAAAUUAUAGGUGUAGAAGCAUCAGGUGAUGUUGACUAUGCAUUUAGAAUGAGUAAAAUAAAUAGCAGUUCAGAAGAGUUGGUGUGCAUUACUGAAGCCAAAAGAUUUACAGAAGAAAUAGGAAUCAUUCAAAACAUUGUGCAACUUGAAAGCGCUUUUUAUUCAAAUAAAAAACAAAAAAAUGAAGAUAUAUAUGAAAAUUUUAAAGAUUAUUAUGAUUACCUUUAUGCUAGUGAAUGGUAUUUUAUAAUGUAUGCACUAAAGAAGAUAUAUCUCUCAGAAAGAUAUCUUAUUGAAAUCACUCUUAAGGCUUUGAAUGAAAGAAGUGAAAAAUGUCAUGAAAAUAAUUGUAGGCUUGUUGAAGGACAGAGAGAGGUAACACUUGAGGUAUCGGUUCCUUCAACUUCAAUAUUCAGAAAUACUGAACUUGGAAAGUCUGUAAUUUUAGCCGGGGGCUACUGCCAAAAUACUCAUAAGAAGAAAGAUGCAGAAAAAAUUAUACAAUUGAUAGCUGAUAGCAUUCAGAGUGAUGCCCAAUCGGGAGACAAAAUCACUACUUGCGAUGAGAUUCCAGCUAGGCCUCCCUGCCAAGAUUCAUCUAUAGUUUUAUUGCUUUUCUUAGCUCAAUUAUUCGAUAAAGCAACUGAUGCUGAAUAUGGUGUAAUUCGUGCCAAUCAGGAAGAGAUUUUACACUGGUAUUAUUAUAGAGAAGGAUUCUUAAUUCAGGUUAGAGUAGUUAUACAAGAUGGUAAUGGAAAAAUUGAUAAAAAAAGGCAAAGGGGAUAA